AAGAAACAAAUUAAUUUCAAAACAUUUUGAAUAGAAAUUGUUUUUUAAAAAAAAUUCAAAUUUGUUUAAUUCGGGAAAAAAUCCGCUUUUCGACAUUCUAAGAAAAUCAAAUUUUUCAUGAAAUUUUUUUUCGAAAAAAAUCAAGUUUUUUGAAGUCGAAGAAUUUUGAAUUUUUUUGUUCAAUUUUUUUGCGGAAAUCCUCUCUAAAAUCCUCGAAAACCCCCUUGACCCCCGAGACCUCCCAUAAUCCUCCCGACCCUCACCAAAAAUGGAGGACCUGAUGCACCUGGACCUGUACGGCCUCCUGGACAUCGAGCCGACGUCUACGACUUCUCAAAUAAAGACAGCCUACCGUAAGAAGGCCCUAUCCUGCCAUCCCGACAAGAACCCUGACAAUCCUAGAGCAGGGGAGCUCUUCCACCAGCUGUCACAGGUCCUAGAGAUCCUCACGGAUGAGUCAGCGAGACAAGCCUACGACAAGGUCCUCCUCGCCAAGGCGCAAGCCAAAGAGAGAUCCAAAAAGCUAGACGCCAAAAGGAAGAAGUUCAAGGACGACCUUGAAGCCAGAGAGGAGCGUUUCAAGAAUGGGAGGACAUCAUCAGGGAAGUCUGAGGAGCAGAAGCUGAAGGAAGAGAUAGAGAGAUUGGAGAAGAUGGGGUCUAAACUCGUUGAGGAGGAGGUGAACUUGAUUAACGAUCAAAUACGACAACAGUUGAGGAAGGAUCGGACAGGAGGGCCGACUGAUGAGGGACUGACUGGAAAGGUGAAGAUCAGGUGGAGGGCUGAUAAGGAUGAUGUCGACAAUGGGGGGUACAGUCAGGAGGUCCUGAUAAGGAUCAUGUCGAAAUAUGGAGAUGUGUCUGGGGUGGUUAUGUCUGGAAAAAAGGGGAGGGCUUUGGUGGAGUUCACAGAGAGGUCUGCCGGUGAGAUGGCUGUGAUGGUCGAGAGGGGCCUCGCGGGAAAUCCUCUGGGGCUUGAGGGACUCUGGGAGGGGGGGAGAAAGUUAAAAGAGAAGGAAGGGCCGUUCUUUAACGAUCAGAUUCGACAGCAGUUGAGGAGGGAUCGGACAGGAGGGCCCUAUGGGACGGGAGGGCCAGAUGCUGAGGGGCUGACUGGAAAGGUGAAGAUCAGGUGGAGGGCUGAUAAGGAUGAUGUCGACAAUGGGGGGUACAGUCAGGAGGUCCUGAACAGCAUCAUGUCGAAGUAUGGAGAUGUGUCUGGGGUGGUUAUGUCUGGGAAGAAGGGAAGGGCUUUGGUAGAGUUCACAGAGAGGUCUGCUGCUGAGAUGGCUGUGAUGGUCGAGAGGGGCCUCGCGGGAAAUCCUCUGAAGCUCGAAGGACUCUGGGAGGGGGAGGGGAGGACCAACAAGACAGAAGGGCUGACCAAGACAGAAGGGCCAAAUUCGAGAGUUUUUCCAUCUUCUGGAGAAAGGUUUGGGCAGGGGAGGACUCCCACGACUUUUCCGAGCUUUUCGUCAGCUCCUGAUAUCUUCGCGGGAGGGACGGAUCAGAACUUUGAGAGCAUUGUCCUGGGGAACUUGAGGAGGGCAGAGGAGCGGAAGAAGCUCAUUCAGGAGAUGAUGGAGGAGGACGAGAAGAGUUGAGAUUCUGGGAGAUGAAGGAUUAGAAUAUUAAUGACUGAAUGAAUAUUUGACUUUAUAAAAUAAGAGAAUGUUGGA